AUGCUUCCUGCAGCAUUCAUCCUCAUCUUUGCUCUCCACCCAACAGUGGGUUUUGACAUAAGCUUGUCCACCAAGUGUGUAGCUAUCCCCAAAGAACUCUCCCAGUGCCACGACGUCAGCUCCUCAGAAAUGAGGUUGCCCAAUUUAAUGGGACACACCAGUUUGGAAGAAGUUGUGGUGAAAUUUACUGGAUGGGAGACUCUUGUGCGAACUGGCUGCCAUCCUCACGCAAGGACAUUUUUCUGCUCCCUCUUUGCACCUAUCUGUAUGGACAUAUUCAUCCUCCCUUGCCGAAGCAUGUGCCUUGCCAUUCGGGAAAGCUGUACUCCUGUCUUGAGCUGCCAAGGGCACUUCUGGCCCAGCAAUUUGAAUUGUGACCGGUUUCCAACAGAUGAGGACAGUUGCCUUCCAUCCCUCACCAAAGAAGCUAAACCUUUUCCCAGAGUUUUUCCAACAGCUACUUGCCAAGAUUGCCCUGAAAUUGAAGAAUUCAGUACAAACAAAAGAGCGAUAAACAGUAUUUGUGCCAAUAGUUUUGCAGUCAAGGUGAAACUGUCUAGGAAACCAUCAAUCUUCGAAGUUCAAGAACACAAUAUUGACUGCCAAGUCAAAUUUCUUAACCAGGGGUUGCUCUUGUCUUCCGGAACUUGCAGUGCAAUGCAGCAGUGGUUACUGAUCAAUGAAAACUGUACUCGGCAAAUGAGCCGGGCUUGCCACCCCAUGGCAUAUCUCAUUGUGGGGGCCAUGCAACAAAGCAGCGUCUUAGUCAACCAGGUGUAUUGUUGGCCGAGGCAGGAUUCCCAGCUGAGUUUGGCAACUUGGAAAUGGAGGAAUCAUAAGUGUGUAUAG